AUGGGUGCAUUCGACCCGGUUAUCCCCGCCCGUCCCCGGCUCGACCACGCCGCCGCCAGCGCCCGUCCCUGGCUCCACCGCGCCGCCGCCGCCCGUCUCCACCUCCACCGCGCCGCCGCAGCUGGUCCCCGCCUCCACCGCGCCGCCGUCGAGACCCUUGUCCACUGCGCCCCCCACCCGUCCUCCUCCAAUGGCGCGACCGCCACCGGGCCGUCCUCCCCUGCCCUAGCGGUACGGCUCCCGUGGGCAGCACCGCCGCCGGCUCCCUCCUACGCAUCCGCCGCCGCUGGUCACCACCAAAGGGGGCACCACCUCCCCCUCUGCCCCACCCCACGAUUGUUUCACGAGUGCUUAUGUUGGUUGUGCCGGUGCUUUUCAUGUGCAGGGAUUUUCUCUUCACCUCGAGGAGCAUUGUCCGUCCCGUUGCCAUUGCCAUCGUUGUUCGACUACCGCCUCUACGGUCUCGGGGAUUUCUAUAGAUGCGAGGAUGGAAAGUUGGAGGAGGCACGAGCAGUUGUCAACAAACAUUGCCCGAAGCUUGUGCAUAAUCUGAUGCAUGAGGCGCGCCCUUUAGCCGUCCGCAAAUAUAUGGCAACUCAAGGCUAUAAGAGUCUUGAUAAGAAAGCCGGUAGGAGACUCCGUCUUGAGAAGGACAAGUACAUGGAGGUUACUCCGAGAUGGUGCGUCGAUAAGGGGGAGUGUUGGGAGCGGAUCGUGGACUAUUGGUGUUCCAAAGAGUACAGGGCGAAAAACAAAGAUUAUAGAAAUCGGCGAGCCGCAAUGCUGGAUCCACCACAUCAUCAAGGCAACUUGAACGUUAUGGAGUUCGGUGAACGUUGGGCGUCUCACCAUAAUGCUCCACUGCCCAACCUUUUCGUCUCGUAUGCUUUGGCCCAUAAGGCACCGUACAGAACAGCCACGCCUUACGAUGAGAAUGACACAGCGUCCGCGUACUCCAGCAAGACCGCCUACGAUCGGAUGGAGAAAUUUAAAGGGAUGGCAAAAGAGUUGAAAGGGUGUCACAUCCUAACUAGUCCAUGCAUUAGAGUGUUGCAUCAUGUCUAA